UCAUGACGUCAUCACAAGACUAGAGUCGUCUGGCAAAAUGUGGACGUUUUGUGUGGUAGCUCUAGGGCUACUGGCUACAGUCUAUGCUCAAACAAGAGCCUGCACUAACCACCCAAAUGGAUUCUGUAUCAAUAUGUACACAAGCACAUGCCCUGCUGGCACCUUCAUGAGCUACAGCGGCUGUGGUUUCCUAGAGAACUGCUGCUACUACGACAGCUAUGUCGCCGUCACAACACCCCGACCAAGUGUGAGCACCAGCAGCAACUCUUGUGGUAUCAGCACCACCACCGGGGGUCACAAGAUCGUUGGGGGUCAGGCCACGACAAUAGACAAGUAUCCCUGGCAGGUGUCGGUACGGUUCCACGGUAGCCACAUCUGUGGGGGAACUCUGAUAUCAGACAGCUGGGUACUCACAGCUGCACAUUGCAUCAUCGAUGAGGACCAAGUGUUCACAGUGGACGAGUUCAGCAUCGUGUUCGGUACUACACACAGCCAGAACUACCCGUACCUCAACACACGCAAGUUGACACACAUCCUUACACACAGCGACUAUGUGCUGAAUGACAGGAAUGACAUCGCCCUAAUGAAGCUGGACCGUCCCGUGAACCUGGCUGACCCCUACGUCCAACACAUCUGUCUGCCCUCACCUAAUGAGGACUUCAGUGGUCAAGUGUGUGUGGCCACGGGCUGGGGGGACAUGCAUGAAGGUGACAGUAACGUGCCGACCCCUGACAUCCUGAGGGAGGUGAACCUGCCCAUCAUCAGCAGACAGGUGUGUCAGUACUACAUGGGCUACUUCUCCCAGGGUCUCAUCUGUGCUGGCACCACCCAGGGGGGUGUCGACACGUGCCAGGGCGACUCGGGCGGACCCCUUAUGUGCUACAGAAACGGCGUCUGGAAGAUUGCUGGCAUCGUGUCGCACGGGGUGGGGUGUGCCCGACCCCACAUGUACGGCUUCUACACGGAGGUGUCAAAGUUCAACUCUUGGAUCCAGUCGGUCAUGAGCAGAUACUGAGUCGACACUCCCACACUCCUACACUCCUACACUCCUACACUCCGACACUCCUACACUCCUACACUCCUACACUCCGACCUACCGGGGUAUUUGAAGUCAUUAAACCUAGCAGUCAUC